CCGGCUACCUACCCCCGCCUCCAGCCAUGGGGAGCACGGAGAGCAGCGAGAGCCGUAGAGUGUCCUUCGGAAUGGACGAGGAGGAGCGGGUCCGGGUGCUGCAGGGCAUCCGGCUGUCUGAAAAUGUGGUUAACCGCAUGAAGGAUUCCAGCCAGCCCGCAGCAGGCCAGCAACGAGCUCCUCUUCCUUCUGAAGGCGGCACAAAAUCCCCACAGAAAGAAUCCAAGCCACUGAGGUCAGAAACCAUUGGUGGCCAGCAGUCCUCAGGAGUAAAAGAGGAUCUCAAGAGGUUCAAGCAGGAGCAGGCAACAAUCCAGGAUGAGUUAUUCCAGGUGGCAAAGAGGGAGAGAGAGGCAGCCAUGAAGCAUUCGAAGGUGUUCCUGCCUCAAGGAACAGGACAUACUGACCAAGAGAAGCAGAAGUCUGCCCAGCUGGCCAGGGAGUUGGAGAGCAGAGAGGCAGAGCUCAGACGCCGUGACAGCUUCUACAAGGAGCAGCUGGGGCGCCUGGAGAAGCAGAAUGCGGAGAUGUAUAAACUAUCUUCACAGCAAUUCCAUGAGGCGGCUUCGAAAGCGGAGAGCAAGAUAAAGCCCCGCAGGGUGGAGCCUGUGUGUUCGGCACUGCAGGCCCAGAUCCUGCGCUGCUAUCGCGACAACCUGCAUGAGGCUUUGCUGUGCUCAGACCUGGUCAAGACAUACCAGCACUGCGUGAGCACCGCUCACAAGGGUUGAGAAGCAGCCAUCACUCCUGGCCCUGGCGGUGACUUGGAGCCCUGAGGAAGGGACCGAUCAUGGGACCACAGUCCACGGAGCCCAAGCCACAGCCGCCUUGGUCUGCCAUUUCCUGCUGGGACCCCCACAUAUGCCUCUGAGCUCGGGGCUACUGCGUCCUGAGAGGAAACAGAGUAUGUGCUCACGACCGAAAACAAAUAAAGCAGAUGUCUUUGUUUUCAGUCA